UGUGUGUGUUGUGCACAGCAAAACUGUCAACUGUUCACAUACGCGAUGACACACCAACUGACGCCUGUGUAGCGCUGUUGGAGGGAAAAAUUGCCGAUUGUUUUGCUCGCGUUGUUUUCUGUGUGGCGCGGUAUUUGGACCGUGAUAAGCUUACGCGCAUCAAAGAUGAGUGCCGCUUCAACCUCGAACAUCGUCAUCUCGGAAGAUACACCAUCGGAACAGGAACAAAUUCGUAAAGCCUCCCGAAUGACGCUGAAGGAAGUGCAAAACGUCGUCAGCACGCUGAAGGAAAACUUCUAUCCGGGAAAGGCGCUGAUGACGGCACACGCUACCGGCUUGAAAGAGCUGCCGUUGGCAGCGCCCAACAAACCACAGCAUCCGACCGAACCGAAACGCUGCAAAACGGUAGAACAAACCACGCAAACGACGCUCGAAGAGGAGCAGAAUCUGACGGGUCCGAUCCCUCAGGACUCGUACUGGGCGAAGCUGGCCGAAAAACGACGACUCGCGCUGAAGGAUACGCUCGACGAAAAUGCCCGCCUGCACAUGGAGCUGAGCGAAAAGGACGAGGAGCUAAGCAACCUACGGAAUGUGGUCGCGUCGCUAGAAAGUUUGGUAGAAACGGUGGUGGAAAUGCUGAACGACCAGCCCGAAACGAAGACGACCGGGCCGGACGAAACGCCCAAGGUGGACGACAGUGGAAUUGCGCAUUCCCUGCUGGAUGAUGGAACGGAUAAUUAGGGCAUUAAUGGAGAAGGUCGUUUAGGGUAGCACUUCUUUUCUUUUCUUCUUCUUUCGUCCUCUUACUAGUAGUUUAAGAUUGUUACCACCCAGUAUACAUGGAUGAUGCAUUUUUUCGUACACCUUUUGAUACGCGUUUUUUUUUGUCAUUAUGAAUAAAUAAAUACAACUCGAUGUAGCGCCUGUA